CUCUUGCAUAUGCUCUACUUCAUAUUCACCCUCCAGACCUGUUCUUGUGCUGCUUCACGGCUAUCACAUCCGCACCGCCUUCCUAUGCCCCCCUCAUGAGAAAGUGAAUGUACACAUAGCAACCAUUGUGGGAUGAUAUCCAAGCUUACGUGAAAGGUGACUGCAUACUCACACAACAAAGAUGAACUCGAACGCACCGUACAAACCAUCUCCUCUGUCCUUCAAUUCACCUCGAGCCUCUCCCUUCCGGCGGCCAUCAUCACCAGGUUCGCCGACGACCGCCAUCCGCACAAACACACCAACCAGCUCUCCAGGCAGAGGCCAUACGCCCGCCCAAUCGCCAAGCAAGCUCAACCAGUCCUACACCGUAGGCGACAGUGAGGAGGCAGUGACCGAAGAUGACCAGCCAGCGUUGACCCCCAAAUCUCCACGAUUCCGUGAAUCACCGUCAUCGCCUACGAAGAACGGCAGCGGGCGAGGGAGUUUCUCGUCGUUGAAAGCCUCCCAAUUGUCACGCCCAAUUUCAGCCGAUACUGACACUUUGUCCAAACUCCCCCCGGCGCAACUAAGGGAUAUGAGGGAGGCGUUUCAGGUACUUGACCGGGACAACGACGGCAAUGUCAAUCGCGAUGAUGUGGCUGAUGUUCUCUCAAACUUGGGCCAGGACCCUUCAUCUUCGGCGACUGCGCAAUAUUUCCCUCCCGGAGCGGGACAGACAAUGAACCUGCCAACAUUUCUUAACACUCUUUCCACAUUGAUGGCGCCGCUAUCUUCUCGAAAAGAGCUUCUGAAUGCGUUUUCUGCCUUUGAUGAUGACGAUAGCGGGCAAGUGGACAUUGCGGAACUACGCGACGCUCUUUUGCACACCAGCCCAGAGGCCGGAGAAAACCCUCUCAGUGAAAGAGAAGUGGAUGAGGUGCUCAGUGGGUUUACAGGGAGGAGAGCCUUCGCUGGUCGAGGCAAGUCUGCGGGGUUGGGUGGAAUCAAGCGAGGCGAAGUCUUUCAAUACCCAGAAUUUGUUGGCAGCGUCAUGGGUGGCUCAGAAAGUGGUGCUGGGUCUGGAAACAGGGUAGAAACCCCUCAAGCCUAGAAAGACGCUGAGAGAAGCGAGGUGCAUGACGGGAUGGGUUUGGAGUUUGGGAUAAUUUCAGGUGUUGGUGUAGUAUAAUGUAUCUAUUUCCAAUUUUUUAGCCUCAACGUUUGGAAUAAUUGAAA